UGCUGAUCGUAAUUGCAAACAUCCGAGGCAUGGCUCUUCUCAUUGUGUAUAAAAGCAAGUGUACCUAUCUCUAGCACUUGGUACAAUACUUUCCAAGUGUAGCUGCUUUGAUUCCCCAACACAACGUUCCACACUGUGAGACCUGUAGUUAUCCAAAAUGGCCUAUCCACCUGCCGCUGACUUGCGUCAAAAACUGGCCGAACAUCCGCUACCAACUGUUGCUGUGACGGCUCUCGACCCCGCAUCCCUUACGCCAGAAGAGACAGCAAAGAUCGCAAACAAUGUCUUAACAGUCUUCAACAAGGCAAUCUCAACCAGAGACAUAACUGCUCUUAGGAACUGCUUAUUUGCUGAGCAGGCCUUAUGGAAGGAUUCAUUGGCGCUGACUUACCAUCUGCGAACCUUCUCAACACCGGCCGUGAUAGCAGCACAUCUGCUGGAAACCACCAAGUUGCGCGGUGCUCAUGGUUUCGGUCUUGAGUUCGUCCAUUUCCUGCCUGUCUCUCCAACCCUGCAAUUCAUCGACUGCAGUCUGUCGCUCAAGACAACCUCUCCCGCUGCAACAUGUACUGGACGCAUGUUACUGCUGCCUGUCGAAGGCAGCGGGGGUCUGGAAUGGAAGAUCUGGGUUCUGAGUACAAGACUCGAGAGUCUGGAUGCGCACCCCGAAGAUGAGACUCUUCUGCAUACCCCUUCGACGUUAGCAGAUGGUGGCGAUGAUGUGAAGACAGACGUCUUUAUUAUUGGGGGUGGAAAUGGUGCUGUAACCCUCGCCUCUCGCCUCAAGGCUCUUGGGGUUGAAAGCGUGAUGGCCGACCGGAACGCCAACUCAGGCGACAACUGGGCUCUCCGCUACGAUAGCUUGAAGUUCCACGUGCCGACUGCAAUGUGUGACAUGCCUUAUCUGCCGUACGGCGAAGACCUCAAAGGUUCACAUCUACUAACGCGAGACGAGCUCGCAAACCAAGUUCGUCAGUAUGUCAAAGAGUUCAACUUGAACAUGAUCACCUCGUCCCAGAUCCAGUCCACCCAAUACGACCAGGCAACGAGACGAUGGACCGUGAAGUUGAAGACCCCAAGCGGUCUACGAACAGUGAGGUCAAAACACCUUGUGCAAGCAACGGGAUUUGCCUCGCAAAAGCCUCGACUCCCUGAUAUUGCAGGCAAGGAGAUAUACAAGGGCAUUAGCCUGCACUCCAAGGAGUACAAGAACCCAAAGGUCUCUCUUCAAAACAAGGGCGCCAAGUCUGUCCUCAUCAUUGGUUCAGCCAACACGGCCAUCGACAUCCUCAAUGACUGCCAAACCGCCGGCCUGGACACAACAAUCCUUGCCCGCUCCCCGACAUAUGUCCUUCCGGUAGGGUACGUAAUGGAUCCGCGUAGCUUUGGGCUGUUCAACCAGCUAGACACAGAAACAUGUGACAGGGCUUUGAUGUCGUUUCCCACGUGGGUAGAGUGCAACAUGGCGCACGGAUUGCUUGCCAUGUUGGCGUCUCAAGAGCCGGACAGAUACAAAAGGGUGGCCAAGGCUGGCUUCCCGGUCAUUGACAGUGCUCACCCUGACGCAUGUCUGAUGCACAAUCUUGUGGAGAGAGGCGGGGGACAUUAUGUUGAUAUCGGUGGCUUGGAGGUGAUCGCGGAGGGAAAGGUGGGUGUGAUAUCGAGUGUUGAGCCAGUGGCGUACACGGAGACUGGGCUGAGGCUUUCUGAUGGAAGGACGGCGGAGGCGGACAGUAUUAUCUGGUGCACUGGGUUUUCCGACUUGAACGCUCGGGAUACAGUGUUUGAGGUUUUGGGUGGUGAGAAUGCGGCUGAUGGGGAGGAACAGGAUUCGAACUUGCUGGGUCCGAGAGAGAUCGCGAACAAGGUUGACGCCACGUUUGGUGUCGAUGAGGAGGGGGAGAUCAGGGGGUUGUGGAAACGACAAAGAGGAAUCGACAACUUUUGGUUCAUGGGUGGGCAAACCCAGCAUCAUCGGUAUCACUCCAAGACUGUGGCUCUGCAAAUCAAGGCUGAACUUGAGGAAACAAUUCCUGUUUUCCUGAAUUCUAACGUUCAAAUAUCUGGUAUUCAGAAUCAAGACAUUGCAAUGCGCCCAAAACACCAUAGCUUAGCCUCCAAAACACCUUACCCUCCAAAAGUCCCUUGUUCCCUCAAAGGUACUCCCGUACAUGCACGCUGUGCCAUGCUGCAAUUGUUCUGA